AUGGCCACUUGCGGCGCAAUGCUGGGCCCAUUCCUUGACGCGUAUCACUCAGCGUUCGGUGUUCUCGAAUACAACCAUCCGAUCAAAAAGGUGCUCUGGGGAUCAUCAGAGGAGUUUGCGGCAUUAACAACCGCUUGGUGGGUACCAGAGCUCUUCGCCCUGGCAGCUUUCUUGAUUGGGUGGCUCUACAUCCUUCUUGAUAACAUUCUUCUCGAGCAGAAGACUCGCCCAUUACUCAACGAUACACUGAUUGGAAUCUCUUUGUUUUCAUUUCAAUACUGGUUAAGCGGGAUUCUGUUCUAUAGCGAGGUUAGCCGGGACUACAUUCUGACCCUAAUGUCAUUGCUUGCCAUUGGAGGAUUUUGGGCGUUGGAUGGUACAAUAGCAGGUUUCCUAACAAGUAGUGCAACAGCAAUAGGCGGUCCAGCAAUUGAAGUUGGAUUGCUAUGGCUGUCAUCACAGGGUUGGGAUUCUGGUUAUCACUACAAUGACACCGGUGAGACUGGAUACUUGCCAUUGUGGGCGUGUGCUGUCUAUUUCUUAGGUGGUCCAGCGAAUGGAAAUCUGGCAAGAUGGUUCUGGAAUCGAUUGACUGAUGAAGAAGUGAGAAAAAAGGUAGAGCGAUGUCCAGCUUGCAACGACACAAGAUGUGUUUUGUGUCCGAACUGUGAUGGCGUAGGAGCUUAUGAGGCUAUGGGUGGGAUAUCAGUGGACUGCACUAGUUGUAAUGGGAGAGGUUUUGUCAUCUGUAGAGCCUGCUUUGAUCAAUAUGAUGAAGAUCCUUAUGAUAUUGAAGCAAUCCGAGAGGUAGUGUCCAGAAUGCCAGAUUAA